UAUGAAGACCUUCCUCCCACUCCCUGCCCGCAGGUGCCCUCCAAACGGUGAUCGUGAAGGUGGUGUGCUCGUGGCAGAACUGGGAAGGUUGUUGUAAGUCCAGAGCCGUACCCGUGAGUCUGACUUCAACAGCUUGUGAAUCUCCACCACCAACAUGCCGGGCCACAUCGUGAAGAGCACUGGUCCUGACCCCGACCCCACCGAGUACCUGUUCGUUUCCAUGGAACAGAAGCGAAUGGAUCAGACCAAACCUUACGAUGCAAAGAAGUCUUGUUGGAUCCCAGAUGAGAAAGAUGGCUUCAUCGAGGGUGAGAUUCAAGGCACUAAGGGCGAUCUUGUGACCGUUAUGGCGAAGGGUGAAACGAAGAAUUUCAAGAAAGACCUCGUGGCACAGGUCAAUCCUCCAAAGUACGAGAAAUGCGAGGACAUGUCCAACUUGACUUACCUUAACGAUGCCUCCGUCCUGCACAACUUGAAAACCCGUUACGUCGCCAAGCUCAUCUACACCUACUCCGGUCUCUUCUGUAUCGCCGUCAACCCCUACAAGCGGUACCCCAUCUACACCAACCGUGUGGUCAAGAUCUACCAGGGCAAGAGGCGUAAUGAAGUGCCUCCUCAUAUUUUCGCUAUCUCCGACGGUGCCUACAUGGCCAUGUUACAGCUUGGUGAGAACCAGUCUAUGCUCAUCACCGGUGAGUCUGGUGCUGGUAAGACAGAGAACACCAAGAAGGUACUCUCCUACUUCGCCAACGUCGGCGCCACCACCAAGAAGAAGAGCGAUGAGAAGAAACAGAACCUCGAGGAUCAGAUCAUCCAGACCAACCCCAUCCUAGAGGCCUUCGGUAACGCCAAGACCACCCGUAACGACAACUCUUCCCGCUUCGGUAAGUUCAUCCGUAUCCACUUCAUGCCUUCCGGCAAGCUGUCCGGUGGUGAUAUUGAGGUCUACCUGCUGGAGAAGGCUCGUGUCAUCUCCCAGCAGCCCGCCGAGCGUUCCUACCAUAUCUUCUAUCAAAUGAUGUCGAAUCAGGUUACAUCAAUUAAAGAAGUUUGUCUCCUUAGCAACGACAUCUACGACUACCACUACGUGUCUCAGGGCAAGAUCACCGUUGCUUCUAUUGACGACAAGGAAGAGAUGCAGUUCACGGAUGAAGCCUUUGAUAUUCUUGGUUUCUCAAAGGAAGAUAAAGAAAAUGUUUACAAGAUCACCGCAUCUGUUAUGCACUUUGGCGAAAUGAAGUUUAAGCAGAGGGGUCGCGAGGAGCAGGCUGAACCCGAGGGUACUGAGGUUGGUGAAAGGGUUGGAAAGCUGCUCGGUGUUGACGGUCUCGAUCUGUACAAGGGCUUGUGUAAGCCCAAGAUCAAAGUAGGUGCUGAAUUCGUAACUCAGGGCAGGAAUGUGAACCAAGUGUCUUAUUCCGUCGGUGCGCUCUCCAAGGCCUUGUUCGAUCGUGUGUUCAAAUGGCUGGUGAAAAAGUGUAACAUCACUCUUGAAACAGGACUCAAACGUCAUUCAUUCAUUGGUGUACUCGAUAUCGCUGGUUUCGAGAUUUUUGACUUCAACGGCUUUGAGCAGAUCUGCAUCAACUUCUGUAACGAGAAGCUGCAGCAGUUCUUCAACCAUCACAUGUUUGUGCUGGAGCAGGAGGAAUACAAGAGGGAAGGCAUCGAUUGGACUUUUGUGGACUUCGGUAUGGAUCUGCAGGCCUGCAUCGAGCUAUUCGAGAAGCCACUGGGUCUUCUUUCAAUCCUCGAAGAAGAGUCCAUGUUCCCCAAGGCUACCGACAAGUCCUUUGAGGAGAAGUUGAAGGCCAACCACCUUGGCAAAUCACCCAACUUCAUCAAGCCUAAACCUCCAAAGCCCGGCCAGGCUGAGGCUCACUUCGCCAUUGUUCACUACGCCGGCACUGUACCGUACAAUCUGGCUGGCUGGCUCGAGAAGAACAAGGAUCCCCUCAACGACACUGUUGUUGACCAGCUCAAGAAGUCUUCCAAUGCUCUCGCUGUCGAGGUCUUCUCAGAUCACCCUGGUCAGUCUGGUAGCCCUGACGGUGGCAAAGGCGGCCGUGGUAAGAAGUCUGGUGGUUUCUCUACUGUAUCUUCUGCAUACAGGGAGCAGUUGGGCAACUUGAUGAGGACCCUGAACGCCACCUCGCCUCACUUCAUUCGUUGCAUCGUCCCCAACGAGACCAAGUCCCCUGGUGUAACUGACGCUGCCUUGAUCAUGCACCAGCUGACUUGUAACGGUGUACUUGAGGGUAUCCGUAUCUGUCGUAAGGGCUUCCCCAACAGGAUGCUGUACCCUGACUUCAAGCACCGAUACUGCAUUUUAGCCUCUAGAGCUAUGGCUGAGGCCUCAGGUGAAAAGGAAGCAGCCAGAAUUUGUUUAGAGUCAGUUGAGCUGAACAAGGAAUCAUACCGUGUUGGUCAUACCAAGGUGUUCUUCCGUGCAGGAGUCCUGGGUCAGUUGGAGGAGAUCCGUGAUGACAGGUUGGCCAAGGUUAUUUCCUGGCUUCAGGCAUGGAUCCGUGGCUUCAACAGCCGCAGAAACUUCAAAAAGCUUCAGGAGCAGCGCGUCGCUCUCAUCGUUGUUCAGCGUAACAUUAGAAAAUUCAUGCAACUCCGUAACUGGGCUUGGUAUCGUAUGUGGCAAAAGGUUAAGCCUCUUCUUAAUGUCUCCCGCGUUGAGGAUGAAAUUCGUGCCCUGGAGGAGAAGGCUGCCAAGGCCCAGGAAGACUUUGAGCGUGAGUCCAAACUCCGUAAAGAGCUUGAGGCUGCCAACGUCGCUCUUCUCGAAGAAAAGAAUAAUCUCUUGGUUGCUCUUGAAUCGACCAAGGGUAACGUGUCCGAAUUUCUGGACAAACAAUCCAAGCUGCAGAGCCAAAAAGCAGAUCUUGAAGGUCAACUCAAUGAAACUUCUGAACGUCUGCACCAAGAAGAGGAAGCCAGAAACCAACUAUUCCAGGGUAAGAGAAAAGUAGAGCAAGAAGUUACUGGCUUGAAAAAGGAUCUUGAAGACCUCGAGCUCACCAUACAGAAAGGUGAGCAGGAUAAAGCUACGAAGGAUCACCAAAUACGUAACUUAAACGAUGAGAUUGCUCACCAAGAUGAACUUAUCAAUAAAAUUAACAAGGAGAAAAAACAUCUUCAGGAAUGUAAUCAAAAGACCGCCGAAGACCUUCAAGGUAUUGAAGAUAAAUGUAACCACCUGAGCAAGGUAAAGACCAAGCUCGAGCAGACACUUGACGAGCUCGAGGACUCACUUGAGCGCGAGAAGAAACUUCGUUCUGAAAUUGAAAAGGCUAAACGGAAGGUCGAAGGUGAUCUUAAACUAACUCAAGAAUCUGUUGCAGACUUGGAACGUAAUCACAAAGAGCUGGAACAGACAAUACAGCGUAAAGAUAAGGAAAUUUCAUCACUUGCCAGUAAAUUAGAAGAUGAACAAGGCUGUGUUAUGAAGGUUCAGAGACAGGUGAAAGAAUUGCAAUCAAGAAUUGAAGAACUUGAAGAGGAGGUUGAACACGAACGCCAGGCUCGUGCUAAAGCAGAGAAAAACAAGACUCACCUUGGUCGUGAGCUCGAGGAGCUCGGGGAACGUUUAGAUGAAGCGGGUGGUGCCACUGCUGCACAAAUUGAACUCAAUAAGAAACGUGAGGCUGAGCUGGUUAAACUUCGUCGCGACCUCGAAGAGUCUAACAUCCAGCACGAAACUGCAUUGGCCAGCCUUCGUAAGAAACACAACGAUGCCGUCGCUGAAAUGUCUGAACAGAUUGACCACCUUAACAAAAUGAAGGCCAGGAUGGAAAAAGAUAAGGAUUCUCUUAAACGUGAUGCAGAUGAUGCGAAGUCGGCCAUGGACGGUCUCACUCGCGAUAAGGCUGUAGCUGAGAAAACCAAUAAGCAAAUUCAGCACCAGAUGACUGAACUCCAGGCUAAAUUGGAUGAAGCCAACCGCACUCUUAACGAUUUUGAUGCUGCCAAAAAGAAGCUGGCUGUUGAGAAUUCAGAUCUUUUACGCCAAGUUGAAGAAGCAGAGAGCCAUAUUAGCCAACUUUCAAAAUUGAAGCUUUCUCUGACAAAUCAGCUGGACGAUACCAGGAAACUUGCAGAUGAUGAAUGCAGGGAGCGAGCUACACUUCUUGGAAAGUUCCGAAACUUGGAACAUGAUAUCGAUGGUCUUCGAGAGCAACUUGAUGAAGAGAGUGAAGGUAAGGCCGAUGUGCAGCGCCAGCUUUCCAAAGCUAAUGCUGAAGCUCAAAUGUGGCGUGCAAAAUACGAAUCUGAGGGAGUUGCUCGUGCGGAGGAGCUUGAAGCUGCUCGCUUGAAACUUUCUGCACGCCUUGAAGAAGCUGAACAGCAAAUAGAACAGCUGAAUGUUAAGAAUAUGCAUUUAGAAAAGACCAAGCAACGCAUCUCCACCGAGCUAGAGGACAUGCAAAUUCAGGUCGAACGUGCACAGACUUUGGCAAAUGCUGCAGAAAAGAAACAGAAGAACUUUGAUAGGAUUAUAUCAGAAUGGAAGAUGAAGGUUGAUGACCUAGCUGCAGAACUUGAUGCUUCACAAAAGGAAUGUCGUAACUACUCAACAGAGCUUUUCCGAGUGAAGGCUGCCUAUGAAGAGAAUCUUGACCAGCUUGACACCGUACGACGUGAGAACAAGAACCUAGCAGAUGAGAUAAAAGACUUGAUGGAUCAGAUUGGAGAAGGCGGACGAUCCCUCCACGAGUUCCAGAAGACCGCUAAGCGUCUUGAAAUUGAGAAGGAAGAACUGCAGGCUGCACUGGAGGAGGCUGAGGCCGCUCUGGAACAAGAAGAGAAUAAGGUGCUCCGUGCCCAGCUGGAGCUCAGCCAAGUUAGACAGGAAAUCGAUAGACGCAUCCAGGAGAAGGAAGAAGAAUUUGAUAAUACUCGCAAAUGCCACCAGCGUGCAAUUGACUCGAUGCAAGCUUCACUCGAGGCAGAGGCAAAGAGCAAGGCAGAGGCUCUUCGUAUGAAGAAAAAACUUGAGUCUGACAUCAAUGAACUCGAAAUUGCUCUUGAUCAUACUAAUAAGGCCAAUGCUGAUCUCCAAAAGCAUAUCAAGAAAAUGCAAGGGGAAAUGAAGGAAAUGCAAGCCCGCACUGAAGAAGAACAACGUCUUGCUUCAGAAUACCGUGAACAAUAUGGAAUUUCUGAACGUCGUGCGAAUGCCCUCAACGGAGAGCUGGAGGAGUCGCGAACUCUUCUUGAACAGUCUGAUCGCGGUCGCCGCCAAGCUGAAGCCGAGCUCGCUGAAGCAAAUGAACAGAUCAACGACCUCACAGCCCAAAAUGGUUCUCUUACCGUAGCCAAGAGGAAGCUUGAAGGCGAGAUGCAAACUCUUCAUGCUGACUUGGAGGAGAUGCUGAACGAAGCCAAGAACUCUGAGGACAAGGCUAAGAAGGCAAUGGUUGACGCCGCCCGCCUGGCUGAUGAACUUCGCGCUGAGCAGGAACACGCCCAGACCCAGGAGAAGAUGCGCAAGGGUCUGGAAGUGUCUGUUAAGGAACUCCAAGUUCGCCUUGAGGAAGUCGAAAGCAACACUUUGAAAACUGGCAAAAAAGCACUUGGAAAACUAGAAAGUCGCGUUCGUGAACUUGAGAGCCAUCUGGACGAUGAAACUCGCCGCCACUCAGAUGCUCAAAAGAACCUUAGGAAAUGCGAAAGACGCAUCAAGGAACUUACCUUCCAGGCUGAUGAAGACAAGAAGAACCAUGAGAGGAUGCAGGAUCUUGUUGACAAGCUGCAACAGAAGAUUAAGACCUAUAAGCGCCAGAUCGAGGAGGCCGAAGAGAUCGCCGCCUUGAACUUGGCCAAGUUCCGUAAGGCCCAGCAGGAGCUGGAGGAAGUAGAAGGGCGCGCAUAAUACAGUUAACAAUGUUUAUGAUCUUUAACCCGUUAGAGGAUAAAUUAUCCCUUAGGUAUUUUAUUCUGGUUAACGCCAGAUGAUUUUAUUCGGCUAACUAGAGGGUUAAUACAAAAGGAGCACGCAAUUUUUUAUUCAGUAUGAUUCAUAAUUAAAGGGUAGUCCAUUAUUAAAUUACAAAAGUACAAACUCACAAUGUACCAUCAAACUUUGUCAGAUAUUCCUUUAACAUUGUUUUGUUAUUGAAACGUAUAUGAUUAUACAACCAUUAUGUACUGCCAACUGGGAUAUAAAACAUCAAAUUUUCGAUGAUUUUAAAAUUCAUAUAAGUUUAGACAACAUUAUGAUGCACUUCCGGUGUAUUACAGUAUACUUACAAUUCAAUAAAGUAUAAAGAAGC